AUGGAGUGUGGCGGCACGCCUAGGCGCAGACUCCCGUUACGCCAGCCAGUUGUGCCCGAUCCCAGCACCAGAUGGCCAACCGGUUUUGACAGUGCCUGGGAGAGGGAAGACGGUGAGAUUGCCUCCGGGGACCGCGUCCCCACGACGCAGCGCGCAUUUCUCACGACAAGCAAUCCGACGCGCUUGUUAUCUACCACGAUGCGCUGCCAGCGUGGCUCUAAAGGCUGCCAACCGACGGGAUGACUCGGUCAUCCGUUCGGGGACGGAGAGUCGGGCUGCGAUGGCUUUUUAUUCAUGUAACCUCUAUGGCACUCUCUGUUGUUUGGGUAAAAACCCGGUCCACCGUGCGCGGGCCAGACGUGUGUGGCUCGUGUAGAUGGGCUAUUUGGUCCUGUAAGACACUGCGCCCAAUCCUCCUCCGGUCUUGACUCUGUCUUGGGUGGGAGAGGAGAGAAUGCAGUCAGUACAGCGAAAGUCACCGCCCUAGCUUUCGUCUUGCUGUGGGCACACGAUGGACAUCGUCGGUAACGACGGUCGAACUGUCAACUAGGAGAACGAGAAAAGUACUUUGAAAUUCAGGGGUCCGCUGAACGACCCGAUACCACGUACUCCUUAGUGCAAAUGGAGAAUUUCACUUAGUUGGAUUGCCCUUCCUGAAAGUGAUUGCACUCAGGGCGAAACUGAAUAGGGUUUCUGAAGAACAGGGCUUUGCUUCCUUUGGUGAAUGGAGCAUAUAAAUUAAUCCGACGGUGACCAAGUGAGCCAUUCAUAAUUUAGGACAAUUUUGCACCCACAAAUUGAUAGUCUUAUCCGUGUCCUAAACGGGCUCCUAAAUUUGCCUACUUUUUGCAUGUCUCUUCGUGCAUAGUUCCUAAUAAAAAUAACCGGCAGCGAGUCCCACAAACGAUAUUCGGUUAAUGCCUCCUCUUGUUUGCUCGCUAAUAGCACGUUCUCCUAUCGAAUUCAAUGGAAACCCACCUAUAGACUACCGACCAAUUCAGCGGGUUCUUAGACCAGAGUACCUUCCUUGGCUACUCUUUGUAUGCGGUUAAACCUCCCAUUUCCAAAUACUUGUUUUACGUCUCGACUUUGAAGGCCUGACUGUGACUAGUAGGCAGGUAGUUGCUUUCAAAUCGAAUCAAAUUCGCUGUUUUGGCCUGCUUAAAAUCAAUAAUUGUUCAUGUUUUGUCUAGCAUUCGCCAAUGUAUGUAUACGCACCUUUUUGCCAUUGUCUCCUUUCAGAUAUCGUGCUGAGGAAAAAGUCAGGCUUGGAUCCUAGUAAGUUUUUUCCUUUAUCACUGGUACUUACCAGUUCGACUGUCGUUUCCGACGAUUUCCACCGUAUGCUCUACAAGAAGGUGAAGCAGACACGGUGACUUGCGCGUGAUUUAGUCUAUAGUGAAUGUAGACCUGCGCAGCAUCUACCACUCUCUCCUCCUCCGCCACCUGGACUCGGUGUCAAGACAGACUCAAGAAGACCGGAGACGGGCGAGGGCGCAGGUGGAUGGCACGGUCAGCCCGCACCUUGACACUCCACUCCUCACCCACUGGUCCACACAGCAAAUGACCAGAAUUUUAACCAACAGCAAAAGCGACUGGCGCGACCGAAGCCGCCCCUAGGCGUGCUAUAAAGAUCACGUUAAGACUCCCAGCUCUCACCUGUACUUACUAUGCUUCGUCCAACCACUCUAUCCUCUUAGUCGACCAACGAAUUGGAAAUACUUCCUGGUCUCAUUUUGUCAUUUAACCGUUGGGAAUAUCAGCACAUGAACGAUUUCCACAUCGUUAUUCGUUUCUACGGAUUUGAAUCCUUCGGUUGGAUAAUUUUUCACAAAGUCUGUAUACUAGAGGCGUCGGAAAAAGCAUGAGCUUUUAAUUAUGCUCUGGCUUCUCUCAAGUGAAUUCCUGCAGUUCGUGGCCUUUCAGAAACAGGGCUGCAAAAUUCGCACAACAUCCCUGUUACGCGCAGACCGCCCAUACUACAUCCGCGAAACUUGUACUGCGCUGCAGAAUCGACCAUUCUUCUAGAGAAUACAUAAACUAUUUUGUCGAAGCCCAUUAAAGCAUAAUGGCGACAUUAUCACAGGUUAAUUAUUUAUGACCUACUAUAACUGAGAGCAGAGAAGAAAAGUAUGGUCCAAAGAGAAAAUAAUGAAAAAGAAUACCAAAUACAAUGCAUUAGUACUUUGUAGGUGGUCCUUUUGCGUGUAAGACAUCUGCAAGUUGGACGACAAAGCUGUAUAUUGUUACAUCCCGACGGCUAUGACAGAAGGGGAGGCAAGUGGGUUCUGGGGACAAUCAUUUUAUUCUUACGGCCUGCAAAACACUAUUUUCAACUUAUCAGAACUCGUCUUAUUUAUUUGAAGUUCUGGGCGUUCUAUAAUAAUCCGGUCACUGGCGUGCUGGUCGCGGAUUUGCCGUUUCUCACGCGAGAAUCCUCUCGCAGAAAACUAGGAAUGUCCAAUCGGUCAUUGGGCCGCACGCACGAGCAAAGAUGUUACGUGUGCUCGACGCUACACUGCGCGCUGAUUGGCUGCCUGACUUCACGCGUGUAUCUCGUGGUCGGCUUGGUCUGCUGUGCCGUGCGUAGUCAUAUCCGCCUUUUCCCCCAGGCCGUGAUCACUAUUUCCGUUCUCCAUAACAUCUAUGGUGGGCUUGUCUUUACAGUUAUGACGCACAGAAUCCAACUUUUCGUGCAUGUAGCAGUAUUUCCUCGCUUUGCCCCAAUUUAUUUUGAUUAGCGCACGGAGAUUUGCGAUCGGAUGGGGGUCCGGGCUCUUGACAGGGAUAAAAACGUAGUCUAAGCGAUUAUAUUAUCAUAGGCUAACUCAGAAUCAUACCUCCUCCGAGUGGUGAACAGGAACAUUAUCCUGCAGCACUACAGUGUCCAUUCGACGUCGGUGAAUGUCGCUGUAAUCGAAAGCAUCCUUUAAGAUAUUGAUGAGCACCUUACUGCUUAUAGUCUCCGUUGUUGACCGCCAGAAUGGUCACUCUGCGAACUUCAUGGUCAUCCAAACCAUUGGGCGUCGACAACCUUGAAAGCUACCGUCGACGCAGUGCGUUCUCGGGGGAAGUUCUUCCCACGUAUGAACCACCUAGACGGACUUUGGUAGUCUGUCUAAAAAUAAGACCCCAUCGUAAAAGCAAAUACUUCAAAAAUGAGAAUCUGCAAUCAAUAAACUCUCGGCAAAUAAAAACACUCAGUAAUGACUUUCCUACUUAAACGGCUUUGCUGGAACUUUUUUGCUGAGUAAGACUGACUUCCUUCAUCCUUUUUCCUUGCGAAUAGCCUUAAGGGGCACUUUUUAGUGUGCGAUGAAUAAAAUUGUCUUGCUUGCUUGUGUACCGUUUUGGUUCACCUUGCAUUAUUCUAGGUGCUGUCCUAUUAUUAAUAAUUUUCCAGAGAGUGGCAUAGCUAAUGUCGAAAAUAUUAACCAACGGCCCACGCGGCGGCCCUCCGGCUAAAUCUCCCCCCCUGUUCCACAAAAACAGUGUGACUUCUCAUACCUGCCUUCACUAGAUUUUCGUUGACACAAAAUUCAAUUUUCUGUCUCCAGAAAGGCUUUAUUUCAAACUGUUAUUGCUUGCACUAACGUCCUUUUAUAGCACAAGACGCACAAGCAAGAUAUUUCGACCUAGGCUAUUAAAUAGCUUAGGAAAUUACUAGGAUUUUGGGAAACUUCUGAUUGCGCCCAAACCCUAGCUCUUCAUAAAACAGAUCUUAAGUGAAUUUUUCUUUAGUGAAAGGCUUUCUGUGCCUCAAAUCCGUUUAACGAAUAAAAACACCAAAUGUAUGCCAUACUACACUCUCAAAUUUCGAUCUCGUCAUUUCACGAGUUAGGUCACCAACUGCUUGUCCUCACCUUGCCCGUCUUAAGCCCUAUUUUGGAAACUGCACUUGUUUUCUAAUCCUGUUCGCGUGCUAUCCAGUGGCACCGUCUCUUACCGGAAUGAUAUUUCCGAGUUUGAGUUCUGAGUUCAUGCUGCAAGCCACAGUGGAGUCGUCGGGAGACCUACCGAGGGACCGAACUCCUCACAGUUGUGUCGUGCGGCCAGAGGGAACCUACGCAACACUUGUCUUGAUUUUUAGCUGAUACCUGUGUUGCAAAUACGACGAAACAGAUUUAUAUGAGAGGCGCAAAUUUUACCAAAACCACCUAAGUAGCCUGGCAGUUUUAUACUGAUCUCCAGCCCGCCCCGAAGUCUUAGGAUGCAUUCUCACCGUCGGGUCUCUGCCCUAGUAUUAUUAUUUAAUAGUCUUCUUAGCAUGACAGUCAUUUUAUCAGGCUAUAGUCACCACCAUUGCCGCCACCACCGCCAACACUACUAAUACCGACAGUUCGACCGCCGUGUCCGACGAUGUUCACCGUGUCUUCCACAGCAAGGUGAAGCAGGCACGGUGACUUGUGCUUGAAUUACAGUUUAUAGUGGUAGUAGUUUAUAGUGGUAUUAGACAUGGACUGCAUCUACCGCAAACCCCCCGCCUGAGCCGAGAGGACCGGUGGGAGAGGGCGCAGGUGGCUGGCACGGUCGGACCCGCUACUAUCAUCACCACCACCGUCAUGUCUUUUUAUUAUUUCAGGCCUCUCUAAGUACGCCCUCUGCUUCAUCUGCUGGAAACGUGAUUCUCUAGUGCCUCGUCCUAUUGCAUCUCUUGUCUCCAGCUACAACAAAACUUGUCCCAUUCCGGUAUUUCCGGUACGUAGUUUUUUAUGGUACCCGUUGAGUCCCAUUCUACGUCCCCUUUAAUAUUUCGGAGUGCAUUUUUUACUUAACGUUUUCUUGUACAAGAACCACUGAAACGUUGCCAUAUGUACAGUGGGUGACUGACCUCAUGAAAUGUUGGUCGAAAUUCUGAAAUGCGUUUUCGAUUAAGAAGGAUUACUUGGGUGGGGUUUUAAUAUUUGUUAUCAUGCAGCAUAAUCCUAUAAUAUUCCGGACUUUCCAGGAUGUCGGCUUUUAAAUGCACUUCAUUUCGACCCCUGCAGAAACCGCAUUCGGCAAAAAUGACUACUUAAGUAGUAUGUGCUUCCGCAUUAGUUUUCGAUGGUCCCAUAAAUUCAAACAUAUUUCAUAGAAAUCAUGCACACAACUAUGUUUUCUGAUAUUCAUUUGGUAGAAAAUCACGUUGUCUUUACAUUUUAUGCUCAAAGAAAAUCUAUUUAGGUUUCGAAAAAGUUUCCCAGCCCCCGAAAUAUUUCGUGCCUGAUCAGCCGUUGCAUUAGCAUUUAGCGACUUCAGCCCACAAGGUGCAUAUUUUUCGCGUAAAGAAAAUCAUCUAUUCGUCUAUGCCUCUAAGAAUGUACUGAAUAGACUUCAUAAGAUUUUGCAAUGAAUGCAGGCUAUGUUGUACACCUCGUGACAUGCAUUGGUAAACGGACAGGUACAAUGCUGUACGAAUGGGCAUUGCACGAUCUUAAAUAAUGUCAUAAUAAGAAACUUUUUUGAAACCUAAAUAUAUUUUUUCUUCGCACAUAAAAUGUAGACAACGUGAUUUUCUACCAAACGAAUAUCGGAAAACAUAUUUGUGUGUAUGCUUUCUAUGAAAUAUAUUUGAAUUUAAGGGGUUAUCGAAAGUUAACGCGAAAACACAUACUACUUAAGUAGUAAUUUGUGCCGAGUGCGGUUUCUACAGGGGAUCGAAAUGAAGUGCAUUUAAAAGCCGUCAUCCUGGCGAGUCCGGAAUAUUAUAGGAUUAUGCUACAUGUUAAUAAAUAUCACAUUCCCACCCAAGUAAUCCUUCCUAAUCGAAAACGCAUUUCGGAAUCUCGACAAACAUUUCAUGAAGUCUAUCACUCAGUGUAUUCGCAAGCAAACUGUCGCCUGCUGUAGUAGUUUCAGUGGUGCACGCUCCCAGUUUAUUGAUCGGCUGACGGCUUAUAGAAGCUGUAACGCGUCAGUUCCGUAGCUCCAGUUGCUAGCAAUGUUAUUUUUUGUUUUUACUACCCGGAAGAGAGGUAAACUCGAUUGUUGGAUUUAGGGCUUUAAGCGCCUGAUUUAUCGGAUUUAUACUCGACUUAAUCAUCGAAAAAUGGAAGAGUCAGGGAUGUGGUUCGAAUCACUGGUCUUACUUGACUCGAUAACAGCGUGGCCAACCACUCCUAAUUAUUUGACUCUCGAAACUUUGACACCAGUCCUGACAACUGACGUUAUAAUUACCUGAUAGUCUUGCUUCUUAGUAUCUACCGUCACACAAUUUCCCAUAUGCACUCCUCUCCGUUUGAGUGUCCUGGUCAGUCAAAGUCUUUGCGCUGUGCAGACUGGAGGAAGACCGUUGCGUUUAGUAUCUCAGUGUUAGUAAAUAUCUAAGUGCUUUGCUAUAAGUCUAGUGCAAUGAUUUACCGUACUACCAGUCUCAGACGUGCAUUAUACCCCCUUUCCCAGUUCUGGUUUCUGACCGCGUAACCUAUGACCGCGCUGCCUUAGUUCCUAAAACCCACACAACUCGCGUCUUUCUUACUGUAAUUAAAUCAGAUCGACCAUUCCCAUAUAUCUCCCUGUGAGUGAUUCCCACCACAACCGAUAAAGUUCCUACCCAUGGUUUGGGCCUCACUCCUCUUUGGGGGCCAUAAUUGGUACUUAAGCCUUUAUUGUUCACUUCCUGGGGUUUGGAAACGUCUGUCUGCUGAAGGCAGAUUAAGUAUCUUGAUCCUACCUUUUUCGGUAAACUGAUUUCUUCUUACUUUUAGUUUAUCUUUUCGGACCAGCAAAAUGCUAGUGAACAGGGCCGAUCGAGAGACGAAUUUCUCAAGAAAGUGGCUUCCCUUCUCAAGGAAACUCGAGGCGUACCGAGCGACACUACCCUGAUCCACCCCGCCCACAAGUUCCUCGUAACUUCCUAA